GGCGGCUUCCGGUGACCCGCGCAGACGUCGAAGACAGCCGGAAUGGAGGAGGUGCCUCAGGGCUGUCCCGGGACCGGCAGCGCCCAGGCGGGCCGAGGGGCCUCAUGUCAGGGGUGCCCCAACCAGCGGCUCUGCGCCUCUGGAGCCGGCGCCGCUCCAGACCCAGCCAUAGAAGAAAUCAAAGAAAAAUUGAAGACUGUGAAACACAAAAUCUUGGUGUUAUCCGGGAAAGGUGGUGUUGGAAAAAGCACAUUCAGUGCCCACCUUGCCCACGGCCUAGCAGAGGAUGAAAACACACAGGUCGCCCUUCUGGACAUUGAUAUAUGUGGGCCAUCGAUUCCCAAGAUGAUGGGAUUGGAAGGAGAACAGGUUCACCAGAGUGGCUCGGGCUGGUCUCCAGUGUUCUUGGAAGACAACCUGGGGGUGAUGUCCGUGGGUUUCUUGCUCAGCAGUCCUGACGAUGCCGUUAUCUGGAGGGGACCAAAGAAGAAUGGCAUGAUUAAGCAGUUCCUUCGGGACGUGGACUGGGGAGAGGUCGACUACCUCAUCGUGGACACCCCGCCGGGCACGUCGGACGAACACCUCUCGGCCAUCCAGUACCUGUCCGCGGCACACGUCGAUGGGGCGGUGAUCAUCACUACUCCUCAGGAGGUGUCCCUCCAGGACGUCCGCAAAGAAAUCAGCUUUUGCCACAAGGUGAAGUUACCCAUCAUCGGAGUGGUGGAGAACAUGAGUGUCUUCGUCUGCCCCAAGUGCAAGAAAGAGUCUCAGAUAUUCCCACCAACGACGGGGGGCGCGGAGGUCUUGUGCCAGGAUCUGAAGAUCCCUCUCCUCGGAAAAGUGCCUCUGGACCCACACAUAGGUAAGAGUUGUGACAAAGGACAGUCUUUUUUGAUUGAUGCACCGGAUUCCCCAGCUGCUUUAGCCUACAGAGGUAUCAUUCAAAAAAUCCAGGAGUUCUGUGGUCUCCAUCAGCCAAAAGAAGAGCACCUCAUCAGCUCCUGAAACACAAGAGAACACUCAAGACGCAAGCCACACUUGCACUCCAGCCUGAGCAGCGUGGGGACAAAGUGGGGUCACAGGCAGAAAGGGACCAGACUCUGGUAUGGCGUGAAGUCAUUUUUUUAGAGAUGCUUGAGUCACAGGAUUUGUAUACUUUUCAACACACGUAAAGGCAUUUUUUACAAACAUGCCUCUUAAAAAUAAGAACCUCAAACCUCUCCCCCAAGGCCUGCUUCCAGGAAAGAGCCAACGGCUUAUUGGUCGGGGAAUUCUCUGCUGGAAGCUUGUGCAGUUAUAGAACUUCUCCCUCAAGCCACUGCUGCCUCAGAAGAUAAGCCUAAAAAAGAACCCCGGUGAUGGAUGUGUGGCUUCACUGCAAAACCCAGUCAUGGCUUCAAGUAGCACAGUCCAAACGCUGCUUCAGAAUGAGGGAAAAAUUAGUCCCCAGAAGCCCUUGAAAAGCUCUUAAAUCACCCCUGGAAACAGAAGAGGUCAUCUGUGUCUGUACCUAGUGCACACUAUAUCCCGUAAUUCCCAGCAUCCUAUAAGACAGCUUAUAGGGUUUUUGUUUUUUCUUAAUUACAUAAAAGGAGACACCCAUGUAAAUUCUAGAAUUCUCUUCAUUGCCAGGAGACGUGCAGGAAUAGACACCGAGGGAAGAGUAAAUUCCCGUUUCCCAUCUCUCUCAGGGCAUGGGCAGACAGAUGGGCAAAUCCCUCGUUCUCUCCCUCUCUUUCUCUCAUUUCCUGCCCCCUCCCUUCAUGCCUGCACAUAUGGUUGACUUUGUAUGUGUUCAGUGUGAGGAAAGGGCAGGGGGGAGGCCUGCAAAACCCGGAGGACACAGGCUGGCUCGCCCCUGGCUCUGUGCCCAGGCCCCCACCUUGAUCCCACCUCUUACCUAAUGCUUGUGAAUCUCCAGCCCCUUGAGGCCAGGCUUCUGGAAGUCCCUUGGGCUGGCCUGCAAGGGGAAAAGUCAGCUGUGGCUUUGUCCUCACAAGUGAGGGGGCCUGAUUCUGCUGAUUCAGGGGCCAGAGCAAACCCACGAUGUAACCAAAAGCCCACAGAGCUCCUCGCUCAAUGUCUUGGCCUAAAGCAGACCUGGUCAGAUUUUAAGAUGGUUCAACCAGUUGUAAGAAGAGCCUGGUCAAAUUUCAAAGAUUACUCUCACGUGUAGAAAUAUAUGCAAAGUUAAAAAAUUA